UUAAUUUGACAGUUGUUUGUUGUUGUUAUUUUCAGAUUCUAAAUAUUUGUAAUUUUUUUAGUCAAUUAUCCGAACAAUUUAUUUAUUUUGGACAGAAAUUGUACUGACACAAAUAUCUCUCACUCUCUUUAGUAUUUGAGAUUUGUGUUUGUAUUGAAGCAAAACAGAAUCUGCUCUUUUUGGAUAUUUUUUUAAUAAUUUCGUUUGAAUUUUCCAAUGGAAGGGGCUUACAAAGAUAAAUAUUCAUUUAUUGGCGAAUGGUAUGAUAACCAGGCAAGUCUUAUACGCCGGUUCAACGUGUUUUAUUAUCCUACCGAUGAUACUAUUGAAAUGUAUGACUUAAAAAAUAGAAAGACUUUUGUACGAAGAGUAAAAAUAAAUGGAAUUACUUUGGAGAAUUUCUAUAUUGGCUGUACACUGUACAUUUUGGGUCGUUUAAUUAAGAUUGUGGAUUUUGCAUGCGAAGACACUAAAAAGAAGUUGCAAAAGGAUAUGCAAGUUACAUUUGCUAUGAUCAAACCAGUACCAACAAAUGUAGCUGGUAAAAUAUUGACACAUUUCUAUGAUCAUGGAUUGCGAGUAACAAAAAUGAAGAAAACAAGAUUGACAGCUGAUGAUAUCAAUAUAAUUUACUCCACUCAAGUCACUGAUUCAACAUUUCCGUUUUUGUUAGAUUUUCUUACAGGACAAUUAGUUUAUGGGUUAGAGCUAGUUGGAAAGGAUGCAGUAACAGUUUGUAUCAAUAUUUUUGGAGAUAAUGAUCCAAUGAAAGCUGCUCCAGGCACUAUAAGAGCGCUGUAUGGAACAGAUCCUGUAAGAAAUUGUAUACAUGUUUCAUCUAAUCCUGAAACUGCAAUAAAGGACAUUGAAUAUUUUUUUCCACCUCCACCCUUACGCUCUGUGCGGCUACGAUUGACAGCAACAUUGUCCAAUUGUACAUUGUGUAUAGUAAAACCACAUGCAAUUCGUGAAGGGAAGCUGGGAAUCGCUUUGGAAAUUAUAGAUGAAGCUGGAUUUGAUAUUACAGCACUUAAUAUGUUUAUUGUUGAGAAUAUAAAUGCUGCAGAGUUCUAUGAGGUGUAUAAAGGAAUUGUACCUGAAUACAAGGGCAUGGUUGAGGAGUUAUCUAGUGGACCGUGUGUCGCAAUGGAGAUAGUUGCUAAAGAUAAAAGUGUUAACACUGCUGUUGAAUUUAGAAAACUAGUCGGCCCUUCGGAUCCAGAAAUAGCGAGAUUAUUGAGGCCACAUACAUUAAGAGCAAAGCUAGGAAAAACUAAAGUUCAAAAUGCAAUACAUUGCAGCGAUUUAGCCGAAGAUGGGUUACUUGAAGUUGAGUAUUUUUUCAAAAUAUUGGACUUGUAAAGUCGAUUUUAAAUAACAAGACUGAUUAUUAUCUUAUUAUUUUUGUAUUUUUAAAUUUUGAGCUGUGAUCGUGGUUCUGAAUAAUGAGGAUAUAAUAAUAAUAUAAUUAUAAA